AAACUGUGCCUUGGCUUAUAAAGUGAUUAAAAUGAAGUGCGGCAAGAGAAAUGCUAUAAAAUUGACGAUACUGGCUGCAUCAAUGCUUUUUAUAUCAAACAACUUGCCAUUUACAGGUGAAAGGAUCGCCAAAGAUAUUUCAAGGUUUGUGCAUGGGAAAACUCGUAGACUUCGUUCUCACAAACAUAUUCAGAAUACAACGCGAUGUGUGAAUUCAACGAGCUUUGGCAGUCUUACAGAGGCUAAGGUUUCAGAUGGUUAUAACCUUGCAAAAAGAAUAAACGCUGCAUGCCGAAGAACAAAGUCUUCUAAGAGGCGAACUAAAGUGUUUGGUGUCUAUAAAUGGGGUUCUACAGAAACCUGUGUUAUUUGGAAAAUAGGGACUACUUUUAUUAAAAGACUUUAUAUGAUGAAAAAGAUACCCGCUUUUAAAAAUGUUAUUAAUCCAUACAGCAUUCGUUUUGAUAAGCGUUUUCUUCCAACUGCGUCAAUGUCACAAGACAGUGUUACAAGCAGAUUUAUGUUUGUUCGAAAUCCGUUUUAUCGAUUAACGUCAGGAUAUGUAGACAAACUGUUAGCCCCAAACCCUGUGUAUUGGAAAAUAAUAGGUAUUCCCGCAAUACGAAAAACAAGGAAACAUCCAAAUGUUACGAGUCUUAAAUGUGGUCAUGACCUUCAAUUCCAUGAGUACGUCAAAUACGUAAUAAAAGCUCUUAAUCCUAAGCAAAGGAGUGCAAAACCUGAUGGGCAUUUUGAUAGAAUGACCUCUUUGUGUAAGCCUUGUACGGCACAUUACGAUUUUGUCGGUAAGAUGGAAAGUUUUACUGAAGAUGUGGUAGAGCUAGGUAGACACCUAAAACUCCCUCGUAAAACAAUGGAUAUAAUCAAAGACAAGAAAAAUCGAUUUUCAUGGCUUGAUGCCAUUGAAGAUACAGCACAUCAACCUUUUGAUGAAUAUUUCCAGAAACAGUACGCUCAUUGCAUCAGCUUUAAACAAGCUUUACAAAGAUCAUGGAAGAAAAUGCAAAUACGAGGCUUAAUUGGAAGACAAGAUUUUCCGUUGGAUGAGUUGCAUAUAAAUAAUAUAUCAGAACAAGCAUUUAUUGAACUAGCAAAAGCUGCACGUUUUUCUUCUACGUCAGAUGAAAGAAAACAACUGCAGAAAGAACAUUUCUUACAAAUGUACUCAAAGGUACCUAUAAAUGAUUUAGAAAUGAUAAGUAAAAUUUAUGAAUCCGACUUUCGUAUUUUUGAGUACGAUGAUCACCCUAGCAUUCUCUUUGGGGACUUGAGAAAGUCAAAUGAUGAUUAUGCAAGGCAUAAUAAAUCUUUGAAAUACCAUUAAACCGUAUUGUCUUUGCUUAACAUACUGGUUAAU